GUGCACUUAACCUCUGCCCGCCCGGCUGGAACGUAGAGGCCGGGGCGGUGCGAGCGGCGCGCACUGCUGGCGGCUGGAAGCGGAGGCGGGAGCCCGGGCCUGCAGCCGCUGCCGGGCUGAUGAUGACUUGUUACCGAGGCUUCCUGCUGGGCAGCUGUCGUCGCGUGGCUGGCGGCCGGGCAGCGGCGCUGAGGGGGCCAGGGGCGGGAGGCCCCGCCGCGCGGCCGCGGCUCGGCGGUGACGGCGGCGGCCGGCGGCACCUGGGGCAGGGGCAGCUGCGCGAGCUGGCGGGCUGUGGCAGCCGCCCCGACGGCGGCUUCCGCCCGUCCCGGGUGGUGGUGGUGGCCAAAACCACCCGGUACGAGUUCGAGCAGCAGCGGUACCGUUACGCGGAGCUCUCUGAGGAGGACCUGAAGCAGUUGCUUGCAUUGAAAGGCUCUAGCUACAGUGGACUGCUUGAACGACAUCAUAUUCACACCAAAAAUGUAGAGCACAUUCUUGAUAGUUUACGGAAUGAGGGGAUUGAGGUUCGUCUCGUAAAGAGGAGAGAAUAUGAUGAAGAAACUGUUCGAUGGGCAGAUGCUGUCAUAGCUGCAGGAGGUGAUGGCACAAUGCUUUUGGCAGCAAGUAAAGUCUUGGACAGACUUAAACCAGUUAUUGGAGUAAACACUGACCCAGAACGGUCUGAGGGUCAUUUAUGUCUUCCUGUUCGAUACACGCAUUCCUUCCCAGAAGCCUUACAGAAGUUCUACCGUGGUGAGUUCAGAUGGUUGUGGAGGCAGCGAAUCAGGUUAUACCUUGAAGGGACUGGCAUCAACCCUGUUCCUGUGGACCUUCACGAACAGCAGCUAAGUUUGAAUCAGCAUAGUAGAGCCUUCAACAUUGAGAGAGUUCAUGACGAAAGGUUUGAGGCUUCUGGACCCCAGCUUUUGCCAGUGAGAGCGCUAAAUGAAGUCUUCAUUGGAGAGAGUCUAUCAUCCAGGGCUUCCUACUACGAGAUUUCAGUUGAUGAUGGUCCAUGGGAAAAACAGAAGAGUUCAGGGCUCAAUUUGUGUACUGGAACAGGAUCAAAGGCCUGGUCAUUCAAUAUUAACAGGGUUACACCUCAGGCUGUGGAAGAUGUUCUAAAUAUUGCAAAACGACAAGGAAAUUUAAGUCUUCCAUUGAACAGAGAAUUUGUAGAGAAAGUAACAAAUGAAUAUAAUGAAUCGCUGCUCUACAGUCCAGAAGAACCAAAAAUACUUUUCAGUAUUCGAGAACCAAUAGCAAACAGAGUUUUUUCAAGCAGUCGUCAGCGUUGUUUCACCUCAAAGGUUUGCGUUCGUUCUCGUUGUUGGGAUGCCUGCAUGGUUGUAGAUGGAGGAACUUCCUUUGAGUUUAAUGACGGAGCAAUUGCUUCAAUGUUGAUCAAUAAAGAAGAUGAGCUUCGAACUGUCCUUCUAGAACAGUGAAGGAUUUCCUCAGAUGACAAUUUUGAUUACUGGAAAAAAUAGUUUUACUGUGGAAACAGACUGCCAGUCAUAAGGCUACAUUUUUUGGUUAUUGUUGAGACUGGUUGGCCUUGGGCUCAAAGGUGAUCAAGAAAGAGAUUUGUAUUAUUCUUCUGUUGGAUUCUGAUGGAAAAGAUACUCACUGUGUAAGAAAAUGGAUGGACUAAAUUGAUUAGAAUUCAUACCAGUGAAAUUUCUGUAUUGCUUACAAUUGGUUUCCAAGAGUGCUGAUAUCUUUAAAUUUAGAGAGGUAGGCUCCAAUAAAAGAUUAAAUGUUUAGGAUUUGGAAUUUAACUGUACAAGCUUUUUUUCCUUCCUUUUCCUCCUAACUUUGUGGAAUUGGUCAGACCAAACACAUCUCAUUUGAUUAGUGUUUUUUUAUAGUACCUAAAAGUCAAGAUUUUUUAAAAGAUUUGAUGAUGGAGAAUUUUGAUAAAUCCUGACAUUGACCUAAUUGAAGUAGGUAAAUGUUUUUUAUAUGCUAAGAGUUUUCUAAUUCAGAACACAAUGAUAUUGUUAUGACUAUUGAUUUAAAAAAUUCAAACAAUCAUUUUUGAAAUUAUUUAUAGAUGUUUUCAUUUAAUUGACUGUCAGGUUAAUUUUGACAGUGCUGGGUGAAAUAUAUCUGGACAAAAUCAUGACACCGUUUCAAAUGUAUUAAUUAUCCAAUAACUAUUUUAGGUCUUAGGUAAUUUUUUUUUUAAUGAUUUGAGUGUCUAAUAAAGUUCUUCCUUAUUUACAACUAUCUAACAUGGAUUCAAAGAGUAAAAGGAUGAACUAAUUAGACAUAUUCUAUUAGGAGUUUGGUAAAACCGUUUAAAAAAUAUUUCAUCUAGUGUAGGAGUAUUUGUCAGAAAGAAAAAUGGAGUAUUUAAUAAAUAUGCAAAACACUUUAGUUUGGAAUUGCCUUACUUAUUAUCAUGGUAGUUUUCACCUAGCUCAUAUUCCAAGUUUUACACAUUAGCUUUGGAGGAUAAAAUGUUAUGGCUUUUCUUUUUUUCCCAUUAAGACAGUUUCUUUACCUAAUUCCUGAUGCUACUUAUAAGUAAUCCUAGAAUUAUCACAGAAAGUACCUCUUGCUGCAUCAUGAGACAAUUGGUAUUCUCAUUCCAGUUAUUCAAAGUUGUAUUUUUUUUUUUCACUUGCUGUUAAAAGCUUUUCUUCAAUCACUGAAAUAUUUAUUGAAUAGCCACUCUGUGCCAUGUACUGUGUCAGGUGCUAGAUAUACAUUGGUAAAGUAACCAGACUCUAUCGUAUAGAACUUGAGUCUAGUGAGCUCAGAAGUAAAUUCUGUGAAAGCUAGGAUGUAUUAUAAUCAAAUUGAGUGCUCUUAGUUCUGGCAACAAUUAUCAUGUUCUUGUCAAAAUUUUUAUAUAAAUGUUACUAUACAAAGAUAAUCUAAGUUUUGUUGUAUAUCCAGAACAAGAAUCUGGUUUUUUUUCCUUAGUUAAGAGUACCUGCAUAGACACUAAUAGCAAGGAGUUUACGUGAUGCAUACAAUAAAAAUUGGUGUUUUCCCAGAGAUGGAUCUAAUUUCUUGUUUGAUUUAAAAUGAUAUACUUAAGAUGCCACUUAGAAAGAAGUGAAAUUCCACACUAUAGAAACUCCCUAACAGGUUUAAAAUACCUUUUGACAAAAAUGCCAACUCCAUCUUUAAUAUCAAGGAAAUCUGAUUGUCCAAAAUGGUACCAGAGAUCUGUUUAUAUGUAACAUAUUAAUAGGUAACCUGCUAUGUAAAUUGUUCAUAAGCCAUAUUUUAAAGGUUUAAAAAUACUUAAUGUGCUUCAUUUGUGAUAUAACUUCUAACAUUUCUGCUCUGUGGUGGGGAUUUAUUUGUAAGAGAUGAUGAGAGGCAAAGGAUGUUUGAAUAGCAAAAAUGUUUUUAUGAAUGAGUUAACCUUUCAUGGCAACUACAUGUGAGUAAAAUUAAACCAUUGUUAUCUUUUCUUUUUUAGUUCAUUUCUUUAGCUCUUAUGGGUCAUUAUUUGAAAACCAGAUUUCCCCAAAAUGUUAUGUUCAAGAGUUUUUUUUCCCCACUGCUAUGUAUUAUUCUGUGCGCUUUGACUUCAUUCCCUGCUAAUGUGACACAGUGCUUCCUGGUAAAUGUAGACUCUUCAGAUAAUUUUGAGUUAAUAUUUUGAUGCUCUGUAUGUAUUUAUAUUCAUGGCCCUAGUAAAUCAAAUCAUAUUACAUGAA